AUGGAUUCGAGGAUUAGCAGAAAGCUUCAAAGGGUACAGUCUGCCGGUGCCCCCAAGAGUACCGUUCACUUUGCGGACGAGGUAAGCAUUCAAGUUCCUUCUUCCGGCCCUGCUCUCGCUUCUCCACCUUCUCCACCUUCAAGCACUAGAACCCUCAAUACCAGUGAGUUGUGGCCGGAUUUUUCUCCACAUCCGGAAGUCGAGCAGCAGCCUUCCACUUCCAAGCCUUCAGCUCCAGAGCUGCAGCAGCUUUCCGCUCCAGUGAAAAGGAAUAAUUCCCGAUCACCAGAGCAGCUCAAUCUGGUAGCUUUCAGGCUCGCAGUUCUUGAAAAGUUCGCCACUGGCCUCGGGAAACUGGCCUUCGUCUGGGCAACUGUUGUUCUCCUCGGUGGAUUCGUGAGCAACAUUCCGGCCAAAGACUUUUGGACGAUCUCGGCCUUGCUGCUGACUGAAGGAACGCGGGUUUUCAGUCGAAGUAGCGAGUUGGAAUGGCAGCAGGCAAAUUACAGCUUGGGAAUUCUCGGCUUCAGAUCGUUCCUGUUCGACAAGAGCGCCAGAUUAUGGGAGAAGUUCUCUGGAGUCUUGGACCAUGACCACUCUGAACAGAACGUGAGUAGAGAUCGACUUUCCAAAAAACCAGUAAACAAAGAUUUACACCAGGGAUUCGCUGGCAGAAGAAUUUGGUGCGUGGGAAGCGCGUAUGUAAAGUUCCUCCCCACCAGGAUCAUCAGCCUUUUCAUGUACUUCCUCCAGCUUGCUUCUGCAACAGUCACCGCAUGUUUCUCAGUAUAUCGACUUGCCGAGCACGGCUUCAAUGCCCAAGGAAACAACACUGAGCAAGCACUUACGGUGUUUUACGCGAUGAUGCUGGCAGAAACGUCGCUAUUCCUCCUGGAGAGAACAUAUUGGGAAUUCAAGCUUCGUUACCAGAGGUUGCUGGAAGUAGUCACUCUAACGUGUGAGCUUGAUCAAGACGACAUUGAAACCAUGAAGCAGUACUGGUACACAUUGUACUCACGAUCGCUGAACGGAAGCGUGUUUGAUGGCCUGGGAAUGGACCUUAUCGAUUUCACCGUCGAGAAGCUGCAGUCAAGCAUAAGGGAAGAGCAGCUCGGUAGCGUCAAAAUACUGUCAGCUCUUGUCUCAAAAGGAGAUUCAAUGGAAGAAACGCAACGGAGGAUUGCCAUAACUGCUUCAGGAUUUCCGCUAUCCCUGGAUCCCUGGAGGCCCUCACUGCUCUUUUACCCGAAAGACAGGAGGAAGUGCUAG